GGCAUUGGAAACUAUAACUAUUACAAAAUGUUUGGAUGUUUUAAUCGGAAGUUCAAGAUUAGCGACCUGGGUCCACCGCAAGACGUAAUAGAGGUCUUCAGAUUGUAUUCCACGGAUGGGUCGGAGAUGUUGCCGGAUAAAUUUUUACUGUUCUUGACGGAGUUCCAGGGAGAAGAAGGGAUCACGAUUGAGGAUGCGCAGCAGAUUAUGGAUCGGGUGCUCGAUUUGUCAACCUCCCAUUUGACUCGCUACGCUUUCACUGUCAAUGAUUUUUUUCAUUAUCUAUUAGAUGAAAUCAACGGGCCCCUAAAAACUCAGGUACAUCAGGAUAUGACCGCUCCAUUGCAACAUUAUUUUAUAUACACCGGUCACAACUCAUAUCUCACCGGAAAUCAACUCAGCAGCGAUUCUAGCGAAGUGCCAAUCAUAAGGGCUCUUCAAAGAGGUGUUCGGGGAAUAGAACUUGAUUUAUGGCCAAAUAAUGCAAGAGAUGGAAUACAUGUACUUCAUGGCAGGACGUUGACAACUCCAGUAACACUUCUCAAAUGUCUAAAGUCUAUCAAAGAGCAUGCUUUUGUACAAUCUCCGUAUCCUGUUAUUAUCACUUUAGAGGAUCAUCUUACGCCGAGUCUUCAAGCUAAGGUUGCAGAGAUGGUCACAAGCACUUUUGGGGAUAUGCUAUACUUCCCACACCCGAGCGACAAAGAUGAAUUCCCUUCACCCGAUGAAUUAAAAUAUCAUAUUAUUCUUUCAACAAAACCCCCCAAAGAAUACCUUCCAUCCAAGAACGCGCACAAAAGACGUUCAUCCGUGGAUAAAGAUUCAUCUGAUGAUGAGUGGGAAGAUCUUAGAAGUAACAGUGAUGAUGACGAUGAUGACACAUACAACGAUGAUAAUGAAGAUGAAAAAUCAGGGCAUCAAACAGCUCUCGAGUACAAACACCUCAUCGCAAUUCAUGCCUCUAAGCCUAAAAAAGGAACAAGAAAAGCGUUAAUGGAUGAACCUGGGAAAGCUAAGCGUCUUAGUGUGAGCGAACAAGCCCUUCAAAGAGCUGCCAGUCUUUAUGGAGCUGACAUAGUCAGAUUCACGCAAAAGUAUAUCCUUCGGGUGUUCCCAAAGGGAACACGGGUUACCUCAACGAACUUUAGACCACUUACUGCAUGGAUGCAUGGAGCUCAAAUGGUCGCCUUCAAUAUGCAGGGUUACGGAAGAUCGCUUUGGAUGAUGCAUGGGAUGUUUAGAGCGAAUGGAGGGUGUGGUUAUGUUCGAAAGCCUGAUUUUCUUAUGCAGAAGGGUCCUAAUGGCGAAGUAUUUGAUCCCAAGGCAACACUACCAGUGAAGACAACUCUAAAGGUGAAAGUAUAUAUGGGCGAUGGGUGGCGAUUGGAUUUUAGCCAGACUCACUUUGACGCAUACUCACCUCCAGAUUUCUACACAAAGAUAAAUAUGCGUGGAGUGGCGGUUGAUGUGUCUAAGAAGAGAACUAGAGUGAUUGUAGAUGAUUGGACACCGACAUGGAAUGAAGAGUUCACAUUCCCAUUGAGGGUGCCAGAGCUAGCUUUACUUGAGAUCCUUGUACAAGAAUAUGAUGUAGACCGAGCUGACUUUGCUGGUCAAACGUGUUUGCCUGUGUCAGAGUUGAGACCUGGAAUUCGUGUUGUUCCGCUACAUAACAAGAAGGGAGAGAAAUUUAAGUCAGUAAAGCUUCUUAUGCGGUUUCUCUUUGUAUGAACACAUAUCAAGUGAUUUUUUUGGGUCUUGUUAAUUAUGUAUAGGGGUUGCAUUCUUGUUGGCAAAAAUGGAAACCUUUUUCGAGAAUUUAAUUAGUGUACACAACAAAAUAUCUAAUCACAG